UAAAAUAACCGCGUGUCCACCCGCGUGUUUACCGACGUUCGACCGCUCCACCCGCCGAGAUAAACGAUCGGCUGGCACGCAAACGCGGAAAGCCGUCGAAUCAAUCGCGGCAUUGUUCCUGCCGAUGGGAAUUAGGUGAACGGAAACCAGAUUUAAUGCUACUAGCUAAUCGCAGAGAAAUGAUUUCAGCAUCUUCAAAAAUGGUAUCCCUUUUACUUUCCCCUUUGUCUGCACGAACGGUAUUCAAACUCAUAUUCCUAUUAUUAAAAGUAGAUCGAGGAUUUUAUUUAAAUACGCAUGUAUCGAUUUAGAGAGAUAGAGAGAGAGAAUUCAUCUAGUUCGAUACACGUGUCGAUGUUAUAUUUUUGUACAAAUUAGUUACAAAUUUGUAAGCAAUCGUUUCUUAGAAAUAUUCCGUUUGCACCGAAGAUGCGAUUUAAUCAUUAUCCUAAUUUGUAAUAGAAUCUGUCGAAGAGUCUCCUAUAAAUACUUGGAGUAUCGAUGGCUAGAGGUAUCGAAACGAGUUUCGCGAUCAAGUUCAGCUCGCGCGGCGGGCAGAAACAUUCAGUCAAUUAUGGAACUGGAUUAAAAUUCGCCGUGUGAAAACUAUUCAUCGAUAAUGAACUCAAAAUUGACGAGUAUACCGAUAUCACGAUGCGGGGUGAUCUCGGCCGUUCUGACUCAGAGAAAGACUUUACGGAUGGGUCGAGUCAAUGCGCGGCCACCAGCACCUCCAAUGGUAUGAUUAACCUCGACUCCGAUCUGGACGAGGAGUGGCUGACCUAUGAAAAAGUCACGGAGAUCAUACUCCAACGACCAAAAUCGACUCCAAUCCCGAACCACCGAUCAGGUCUGCACAAUGAACAACCAAAAUCAGCGGACAUUCUGAGAAAUCGCAAAUCGCCAAAGUGCAAGAGUUUGAAGAACGCGAUUUCCUCGGACAGAUGCUCGGAGAUUAUAUUUGAAAAACGAGGGGCAGACGGAGACAAAGCCACAGAUAUAGUUUCACCUUUGCCAAUGAGAAAAAGUCUCUUCCCUCAUGUACCUCCUUACGUCGUUUUCAAGAGUCAUGACCACGUGCCCAAAAAGCGAAUGCCCAAGGAUUUUACUCAGUUACUCAAAUGGAAAUUCACUACGUCCAUGCCUAGAAUUUUAGUGAAGAUACUGGUUAAUUCUGGAUAUCAAGUAGUGAACAAGGGGAACGAUUGGUCCGGUGUUUGGAAUUUAUCUAGUAAAGAUAUGUCUAGGUAUCGACGUAUGAAGAGCUUUCAAAAAAUAAACAAUUUGCCGGGAUCGCAGAACAUCGGGAACAAAGAUUUACUGUGGAUGCACUUGAACGAAAUGAAUCGGAAAUUCGGUCCGAAGGAAUACAGCUUCAUGCCUAAGACGUACGUUCUACCGAGGGAGAUGCAAAAGUUUGAGGGCAUGUGGAAUAGACACGGUGUGGGCACCACGUGGAUAAUCAAACCUACGUCCUCGGGUCGCGGUCAGGGUAUCAAGGUUGUUAAUCAAUGGUGGGAGAUUCCGAAAUGGCACGCUGUGAUCAUACAGCGAUACAUUACCAAGCCGAAACUCAUUAACGGGUUGAAAUUCGACCUGCGAAUUUACGUUCUCCUAACAAGCAUCAAUCCCAUGAGGAUUUAUAUCUACAAGGAGGGUUUGGUUCGAUUCGCGUCCGUCAGGUACGUCCGCGGGGCGAACCUGAGCGACAAGUACAUGCACCUGACGAACAGCAGCGUGAACAAGCAGAACCCGGCUUACGUAAUGGGCGACGGGGUGAAUUCGUUCAAGGGACACAAGUGGUCGUUCGCGAGUCUGUGGUCGUACCUGAAGCAGGAGGACGUGAACGUGAUCGACCUAUGGUCGCAGAUCAAGGACAUCGUGGUGAAGACGCUGGUCGCGGCCGAGUCCAGCCUGAACGCGACCAUUUCGGAGAAUCUGGUGUCGAGUUACACCUGUUACGAAUUAUACGGGUUCGACGUGCUGCUCGACGAGAAUCUCAGGCCGUGGCUGCUCGAAGUCAACAUUCUACCGUCUCUUCAGACCGACUCGCCGCUCGACACGGCGAUCAAGGGUCCCCUGGUCAGAAACGUUUUAAACAUGGUCGGGUAUCAGAUACCGAAGAACGAGCAGAUUUCGAGCAACGGCGUGCUGAACAAAAAGUACGACUCGAUCGCGCAUAAUUACAGGCUGUACAGCACGGCGUUGACUCUCAGCGAAAAGAUGAAACAGAACGAAAUAAACGCGAUGCAGACCCGCGACGAGUACCUGAAUCGAAUCCUCGAGAAUCUGACGAGGGACGACCUGAGACAGCUCAUCCGGUACGAGGACGAGCUCAGCCAGGCUGAAAACUUCGAGAAGCUGUUCCCGACCAAAGAUUCCCAUUCGUAUUUCAAAUUCUUCGAGAUGGAGAGAUACUACGAUCGGCUGCUCGACGCCUGGGAGCAUCGCUUCUCCGAUAACAGAACCCUGGGAAUCCGUAAGCUGCAGCAAUACUGCGAUACCAUGCAACAUUUGGAUCUGGCCAAUGACUGAACGCAGAUUUCCUAUCUGCCCGACUCUUUUCUCGUUGUAAAUAGUCGAUGCAAGUUUAAUACCAACUUUGACUGGAAUUUUUUUGGAUAAUGUAAUGCGAAACGAGUCUUUUUUUAGAAACAGUGAUAAGAAGAGAAUUUAGGUAGAUAGUGCGGCACCGUUUUUUUCAACGAGUAAUUAAGAUAGUAACUGCGGCUACGCGAACGUACAGCGAUGUAAACUGUUUUGUCUUGCGCGACAUCGGAAGUCAAUGGAAUUCGAGCAAUCCGAGCGAAGCCGUACGCCUGUUAAUCCACCUUAGUUGCGCAACAACCAUAACCGCAAUGUACCAUAAAUCGUCUUAACUGCAUAUAUCGCUCGCGUUGACGUCAUUCACCGUUUACUAUGUACUUCCUCUGAAUAAAAGUAUUCAUCUUUCUACGACAGUCCUAUUUUAUUUAAUCACCCAUAAAUUUUUAUCGGCUGGCCACAUUGAAAAUAAAGAUCUAAAGUACUAGAGUUUAGAAAACUAUUUUUCACAAAGAGGUCCUUUUACGUUUGUUCGUUUUCUAUGUUCGUAUAAACGAUUUCCUGACGAUCGUAAAUCGUGAAUUUCUUAAGGGUUGCCUUUUUCCCGACGCGUAUUGGCACUCAAGUGGUUCCAGAAACUGAACUACAAUGCCAGAACGACACGAAUGCAUUCCCUUGUUACGAGAUAAGAAAAAUUUGUAAAAUGACUCGUCAUGAAAAUAAACGGGGCAAGUUAAACUUAAACGAACCACGAGAAUUUAAUCAGUUCGACAAUAUUCUAAUCUAACAGAAUUUGAUAAGAAUUCAACAUUGAUUGUGAUAAUCACAAAAAUUUCGAAGCCAACAUUUUGCAUCUAGUAGAUUUAUACGAGUUCAUUGGAUUCGAUACGUUAGCAAUAAUUUGGAUCGGUCACGGCUUGUCGUCACCUCGUUCCGAAUGUGACGUAAGAAGCAAGUGAAAGCCGCCUCCUCCUCGGGUCCGUGAAUCACUUCCUGAAAAUUCUGUCGACUCGGCUUCCACCGGUUUUCAGUUCAUUCAGAUGAAUCUCUCGAUUCGUCGCAUGCAACCUACUUUCCUGACCGCAACUGGCGACGAUUGAACGGUUUGACGCGUCUGUUUUAUCUAUACUCGUACACGCGCAUGUGUUCGAGGAGCUUAUCAAAGCCAGUACACUUUUUCGCUGAACCAGACAUCGGAAAAUUUUACGAGCUUUUCUUAUCUCAUCUUU